AUGAAGCUCACCGCCCUCCUCACCCUCCUCUGCGCGUCCACCACGCUCGCCGCCACGAACUACGUCCUGCAAGUCGACGGCAGCAUCAAAGCCUACGACGUCGUAGAAGGCGACCUCCAAGCCCGCCAGCAGUUCGAGAGCUGCUGCGCCACCAGAUUCGUGCCGCCCUGCGGUGUAAGUACCCUACCUACUCUAGAGAAGAAGAAGAAGGACAUUGCUAACAGUGUGCGUGUAGGUCAGUUGCUGCGGAGUAUGAUUUCACUGAGACAGACUGCAUUGGGGGAGAGGGCUUGA